UUAACAACAGCAGUUGUUUAGUAGGAAAAAUUAAGGUAAGAAUUAAGAUAGGAAAUUGAAUCAAUGGCGCCCAGGCUAUGGAGCCAGAAUGUUUUGUUUGGGUUCUUGCUGUUGAUGCUACUAGCAAUAGUAGCAGCAAGUACUCCACCAGGAAUAGCCAACAACCCUAGCCAUGCAAGAUGCUUGAUCAAGAAAUACAAGCAUUGCUACAAUUUGGAGCAUGUUUGUCCCAAGUUUUGCCCUGAUUCCUGCACUGUCGAGUGUGUUUCAUGCAAACCUAUUUGUGACAAUGGCUCCACCUCUCCACCACCUGACUCUGAGUCCGUGCCGCCUCUGCCACCUUCAGAGGGCAGCGGUGAUGGAAACGGAAAUGAUGGUGGAAAUGGAAACGGCAAUGGAAACGGCAACGGAAACGGUAAUGGCAAUGGCAAUGGCAAUGGCAACGGCAAUGGCAGUGGCGGCGAAAAUGAUGCUGGAAAUGGCAAUGGGAACGGCAACGGCAAUGGUAAUGGAAACGGCAACGGCAAUGGCAAUGGCAAUGGCAAUGAUGGAAAUGGCAAUGGCAAUGGCAAUGGCAACGGUAAUGGAAAUGGGAAUGGCAAUGGCAAUGGCAACGGCAAUGGCAACAACAGCGACGACGACGGCGGCGAAAAUGGAAAUAAUGGUGGGAAUGAAACCGGAGGUGAUAAUGGAAACGGCAAUGGGAGCGGAAACGACGAUGGCAGUGGAAAUGGAAAUGAUGGUGGCAAUGGCAGUGGCAACGGCAACGGUAAUGGUAAUGGUAAUGGUAAUGGCAACGGAAAUGGCAAUGGCAAUGGCAACGGCAACGGCAAUGGUAAUGGUAAUGGCAACGACGGCGAUAAUCUAUCUCCUCCUCCAUCAACUCCAACUUCUCCACCAACCCCACCUCCACCAGAAUAUUUCCCUCCCCCUCCUACAACACCAACUUCUCCACCAACUCCACCUCCACCGCAAUAUUACCCUCCCCCAACUCCUACAACACCAACUCCAUCUCUUUCUCCAACUUCUCCACCCACCGCACCGCCACAGCCGCCUACUCCAUCACAAACUCCAACAACACCAACACCAGCAACUCCACCAACAUCCCCUCCAGCUGGUACACAGCCACCAGCCACCCCAACUCCUCCCUCAUCUCCAGCACCUAAUUCUGCUCCUCCCACCUCUACUCCCACACCUCCAUCAAACCGGUCUCCUCCCCCUCCCGGCGAUUCAUCAAGUGAUGCUGGAGGCAGGAGAAAGAGGUGCAGGAACAGAAACUACCCCCAGUGUUAUGGUUUGGAACAUGUAUGCCCUAGCUCUUGUCCUCAUACGUGCGAGGUCGACUGUGUCACUUGCAAACCUGUCUGCAAGUGUGAUAUGCCAGGAGCCGUGUGCCAAGACCCUCGUUUCAUUGGAGCCGACGGCAUCACUUUCUACUUCCACGGCAAGAAGGAUCAAGACUUCUGCCUCGUGACCGACCCAGAUCUCCACAUCAACGCCCACUUCAUAGGAAGAAGAAACGAAAACAUGAAGAGGGACUUCACCUGGGUCCAAUCCAUCGCCAUUCUCUUUGGCGAUCACCAGAUCUUCGUUGGCGCCCGGAAAACCGCCACCUGGGAUGACGCCGUCGACCGCCUCUCCCUCACCUUCGACGACGAGCCCAUCGUCCUCCCCACUUCCGAGGGCUCGACAUGGCGAUCGGCCGCCGUUCCAACGGCCGUCGUGAAAAGGGACGGCGAGACCAACAGCGCAAUCAUCGAAGUUGAGGGGCUUUUCAAGAUUUCAGCUAAGGUGGUGCCCAUUACCGAGCAGGAAUCGAGAAUACACAAUUACGGAAUCACGAAAGACGACUGCUUCGCCCAUCUUGAAUUGGGAUUCAAAUUCUUCUCGCUGAGUGGAAGCGUGAACGGAGUCUUGGGGCAGACAUACGCAGAUAAUUACGUGAGCAAGGUGAAAAUGGGAGUUCCAAUGCCAGUUCUCCGAGGAGAAAGGGAAUUUGCAGUUUCAAGCCUGUUUGCGACGGAUUGUGCUGUUUCCCAGUUCCAAGGCGGAAAAUCAGAUGCGGCCGCUGCCCUUUUGGAGCUGCCGAGCAUGAAAUGUGGAAGUGGGAUCAACGGAAGGGGAGUAGUUUGCAAGAGAUGAGGAUGAGGAUGAGGCUGACCACACUCUUUGAGUUUUACUUACUACUAAAAAUGCCAUUAUUAACGAAAGAACAAAUAAAUGGCAGUUCAAUUCUGUAUUUUUUCUUUCUUUUUUUCUAAAUAAACUCUCAAAACCUAUUUUGUAAUUUGUUCAAUUAGAAAUGUUUCUUUCAAUUCUACUGGAAAAGGAGGACAACGAACA